GUCUCACUUACCUGUAUACACAUUUUUUCUCUCUCCUUGUGAUUUUCACUUGCUAUCUCUUAUAUUUAUAGUGCAAAGGGAAAUUGGUUACCGCUGAUUUGAUGUUAGAGAAAAAUGUAAAAAAAGAAUGCUUUCCAUAUCAGUCGAUGCAACUACAAUCAUAUGCUGAAACACAAUAAGAGAAAACUCAUAUAGAAUAUACUGCAGUGUAGUAGCAUGUCGCUUGUUUCACUGUCUGUACUGAAAUCGUAAAGUAUCUUUCUAAAGUGUCGUUAAAAGAAACAAAUAAACAAGUACGUGAGUUACGAAAUACGAAGUGAAUUGAAAAAAAAUAUCACUCAGAUUGCCAUGGCGACGGCUGCCCUCGAAGAAACGAAUCCACUUUUAAAUAAACCUUCAGGAAAUAAGUCUGUAUAUUCAUCUCCGUCAUCACCUACACAUGAAGUCGAGGAAGAGCCUCUGGACGAAGACGAAACACAGCCAUCUCAUCAAAACAGAAUCAGGCGGUUUCUGUCGUACGUCACAGUGGAACCAGCCAUGUUUCUCCACUCUCUCUCGGCGGCGGUGGAGGGAGUAUUCGAGACUAAUAUGAUAUUGGAUAAGACUUGCUUAAUCCAACUGAACUACAGUGAAGAGGUGUGCGGGGAUUUGGAUUCGGGGGAGUACGUCCAGCAGCAAGACGUCGUCCAGCGAAUCACCAACAAGUACAGCAUGUAUUCCCAGUGGAUCGAGCUCGGUCCUCCCGUCCUCGUGCUCAUUUUCCUUGGCGUCUGGAGCGACACGCGAAGCCGCCGCCUGCCGUUGCUUCUGCCAAUGAUCGGGGCGACGCUGAAGGCCAUAGGGCUCAUGGCCAACGCCUAUUUCUGGAGCCUUCAGCCCUAUUUCAUUCUAUUCUCCCACGUCCCCUACGGCUUGUGUGGCAAUGUUAUGGCCGCCUACAUGGCUGCGUAUGUUAUCAUCGGCGAUCUCUCUGGGACGCAAUCAAGGACUUCGCGGCUCUCGAUCGCUGGCGUCAUGUACUUGCUCUCCUCCCCCGUCGGCAGCUCCCUCGGGACGGCGCUCUACCAGGCCAGUGGCUACACGCUGGUCUUCGGGAUAGAAGUCGUCAUCUCGGCCCUCUCCGCUGUCUAUGUUGUGGCCAGGUUCGACGAUAAACCACCUGGCCGCGCGGGGGAACAAGAGAGGAAGAAAAUUUUGUCUUUGGAGACGAUCAAGACGCCAUUCCGAGUGGUGUUUAGAAGACGGGAGAGCGGAGGGCGACCGCAGAUCCUUGGCCAUAUUGUCUGCAUUUCUCUCUUCAUGAUGUCUGCCGAUGACGACUUCUCCUUUUUGUUCCUGUACACCCGGAAGAAGUUUGAUUGGAAUUAUUUCAACUUUACAGUGUGGAGCAUAUUCAGAACUCCAAUUUCCAUCAUAGCGGCUUGCGUAGUGGUGCCUAUCCUGAGCUACCGUCUUGGCAUGAGAGAUACCAUGCUGUCCUUCAUUGCCUCUGUCUCACAACUAUUUUAUGGCGUCCUAAUGGGCACAGCUCCUGCAUCUUGGGUAUUCUACUUGGCGGUGGUGGUGUCGGGUUGCAAAGACUCCGGCAUUUCGUGCUCUCGCGGGGCACUCUCGAAACUGGCUGCGCAGCACGAAAUGGGCGCCGUCUUCUCCGUGAUCGGGAUUGGCGAGGCGCUCCUUCCCCUCGCCGUCAGCCCCGUCUACACCGCCGUCUACAACAGCACUCUCGAGGUCUUCCCCGGAACCGUCUUCCUCGUGCUGGCCAGCGUGAGUGUCGUCAUUGCAACGAUUUACGUAUGGCUUUUAACCCACUUUGAGGAGGUGAAUGAUGAAGAAGCAUCAAUUAGCUAGAAAAAAUGAGUUAAGAGGUAGAAAAAAGGUGAUAAAUAACUGUGCAAACAAUAUUUUUCAAGUACAGCUGAAAUAAUUUUGUUUCUUUUAACUGAUAGAAAAACUUAAUUAUGGAUCUCAUAUGGGUAACCUUUGUUUUGACAUCCGUUAAAUGAUGACUACAAAAAUGAAUAAUUAAAAACUGAAAUUAACAGUGCAGACUACUGACUUCACAAUAUGUUUACAAGUAUAUUACUAUCUUCUCUAUGACUGUUUGUUGUGUUUAUUUCUAUGAUGAAUAAAAAAUAAAAUAAAAUAAAAUAAAUAUUUACACUCAUAUCCCUAGCACAGGAGGACCUACACACCUGUAUU